AUGCAGGAGAAUGCAACGGCGCCGUUCCCCGUGUUGGUUCUCCUGCUGAAGACUCCCCCGAGCAGAAGAAUUUCUUUCUUGGCUUCUUCACUUGCGGAGAAAUCAGGCUCCCAGACAUACAUUCAACAUCCAGUCGAUCUGAUAGCAGUUGCCUUUGUCCCUUUCUCUCUUUCUUUCUCUCUCGCUCUCUCUCUCGCUCUCUCUGUCUCUCUUCUCUUUCCCACCCCCGUUUGUUCAUCCCGCAAAACGGCUAGCGCCAUGCUGGACGUAGUCAUUGUUGGAGCCGGCAUAGCUGGCCUCUCGGCUGGCAUCUCUUUCCGCCGCGCGGGCCACCAGGUGCGCAUCUACGAGCGAUCCUCGUUGAGCGACGAGGUCGGCGCCGCCAUCAACGUGCCACCCAACACGUCGAGGUUCCUCACCCGAUGGGGUCUCGACCCGGAAGCUUCGGGCUUCGUCAAGGCCGGGCCUGUCCAGCUCCAGGACCCCUUGACGAUGGAGAUCACGUCGACCGACGCCAACACGGACAACGUGGAGAUGUACGAUGCCGAGCUGUGGUACGCGCACCGCGUGGAUCUGCACGAUACCCUCAAAAGGAUAGCGACCAGUCCAACGGGCCCGGGUGCUCCCGUCACCAUCCAUCCGAACUCGUGCGUCGUUGGAUACAACCCCGAACUGCCGGCCGUGCUCAUGCAGGAUGGCGAGGAGAUCCAAGCCGACUUGGUCGUGGCCGCGGAUGGCAUUCACUCCAUCGCAUGCGAGACGGUUCUCGGCGAGAAGAACCCUCCCGUGCCGCCCGUUCACUAUAACUCGUGUUAUCGAUUUUUGAUCCCCUCCGAGGUCCUCGAGGAAGACCCCGAAACCAAGUUCUGGACCGAGGACGCGGACGGUCUCUUGCGCAUACUCCCCGAUAACAAGACCAGUAGAAGAGUGAUAUCGUACCCGUGCCGCAGGUACGUGUUCCAAGUCAAGCAGAACGGACUAUCCGACUGA